AUGGGGAGGAACUCACAGCGCCACCUGCUGCUCGUUGAGGACAGUAACCGCAGAACGAUGUGUGUCACUCCAUUCUCCAACCAGUCCACCUGCAUGUGUAUGAACCCCGGUUCUUCAUGUCAUUCUCCAUCAGAUCCUUCUCGCCUUGUCAUUCCUCCAACUGUUGUCACCUCAGCUCACCCGGCCUGCCUCGUUCUCAUCUCCACAUUCUCAUCUCCACGCUCUCAUCUCCACGUUCUCAUCUGCACACUCUCAUCUCCACGUUCUUAUCUCCACGCCCUCAUCUCCACGCUCUCAUCUCCAUGCCCUCAUCGCCACGCUCUCAUCUCCAUGCCCUCAUCUCCACGUUCUCAUCUCCAUGCCCUCGUCUCCACGUUCUCAUCUCCAUGCCCUCAUCUCCACGUUCUUAUCUCCAUGCCCUCAUCUCCAUGCUCUCAUCUCCACGCCCUCAUCUCCACGCCCUCAUCUCCACGCUCUCAUCUCCACGCCCUCAUCUCCACGUUCUCAUCUGCACACUCUCAUCUCCACGUUCUUAUCUCCACGCCCUCAUCUCCACGCUCUCAUCUCCACGCUCUCAUCUCCACGCCCUCAUCUCCACGCUCUCAUCUCCAUGCCCUCAUCUCCACGUUCUCAUCUCCAUGCCCUCAUCUCCACGUUCUCAUCUCCAUGCCCUCAUCUCCACGUUCUUAUCUCCAUGCCCUCAUCUCCACGCUCUCAUCUCCACGCCCUCAUCUCCACGCCCUCAUCUCCACAUUCUCAUCUCCACACUCUCAUCUCCACGUUCUCAUCUGCACACUCUCAUCUCCACGUUCUUAUCUCCACGCCCUCAUCUCCACGCUCUCAUCUCCACGCCCUCAUCUCCACGCUCUCAUCUCCACGUCCUCAUCUCCACGUUCUCAUCUGCACACUCUCAUCUCCACGUUCUUAUCUGCACACUCUCAUCUCCACGUUCUUAUCUCCAUGCCCUCAUCUCCACGCUCUCAUCUCCACGCCCUCAUCUCCACGCCCUCAUCUCCACGCUCUCAUCUCCACGCCCUCAUCUCCACGUUCUCAUCUGCACACUCUCAUCUCCCCGUUCUUAUCUCCACGCCCUCAUCUCCACGCUCUCAUCUCCAUGCCCUCAUCUCCACGCUCUCAUCUCCAUGCUCCUGCGACCUUCUCAGCCUCCUGUCCGGUCUGCCACGGCCUGCCAUCCUCCAUCUCCUGCUGCUCUGA